AUGGAAACCUCAGACAUCCAGUUGCAGCCUUUACGAGCAUCCAAGAUGAGCCGUCUGCCUGGCCCAGCAGUUCACGCAGGACUGAGCGAACUGAGCGAGUCGCAACACAAUACCCGCGUGCAGACGUCGAUUCCAGUCCCGCCAGGGUUCAAAUCCAACCUGAAGAGAGAGAUUCCCCAGCCUGCACAACAAUCGGAUGCGAAGCGCAAACCAUUGUCCGACCGAGCAGUCGAGUAUCCAGCGUCUGCUUCUGCCUCAGCUGCUGGCAAGCUUGCUCUUAAGGGACAAACUUUACCACAGCUAAAACGACCAAGUCGACAAACAACGAAUACUACCGCCUCAUCCCUAAACAGCUUUGCAAAGAGCUUUGGUCCUGGUCGCCAUCAACCCGAUCGGUCACACCAUGCGUCAUCUAGAUCCAGCCAUGCCCGUUCGAAAAGCCAAGUUGCCAGACCGCGAACUGCACACGGUCAUCGCCCAGAAGAUGAUUUCGAUGAGCCAACGUCUAGUAAUGCUUGGGAUGUCGAUGGCAGGGUGGACAGCAUGGAGUCACAGUUCAAGGAGCUCAAGAACAUGGUUAACACGACCCUGGUGGAGCGCAAAGGCCACGAGGACGCUCUUGAGAUCGCCAAGACCAGAGUCUCGGAGCUCGAAGAUUAUCGUCAGAGGCUUGAGGAGCGGAAUGACAUCUUGAAAGCUGAUUUGGAUACAGCAAAAGACGAAGUCAGACACGCACAGUAUGAGUUGGAGAAGCUUCAAUGGCAGCAGACCCGAGAUAUGGACGACAUGAACAGGCGGCAUCGCGAAACUGUUGAUGAUCUCUCAAGACAACAUCGAACAGCCAUUGAAGAUUUAAGUAAAGAGUUAGAUCAACUGAAAGACGAAGAAACAAAAGAGCACCAGGCAAGAAUCGAUGGCCUGAAUCGACACUAUCAGCAAGAGUUGGAAGAAGAACGCCAAAAGAAGGAGCGCGCGAUCCAAGAUCUGAGAUCACGGAUGGGUAACGAGCAACAAGACUUGAAUCUCGAGCUGCAGCGGAAGGAUCGGGAAAUUCGAGACGCUCGGCUAGAGUGCGACAACCUUAGGGAUGACCUCGAACGUGAACGGUCGCUCAAAGGAAGUCUUCAGACCAACAUCACAGAGCUGUCAGCAGCAAAUACGACGCUGGAAGCCAAAAUCAACUCACUUCGCUCCCAUGUGGAAUUCCUCGAAUCUGAUAGCAAAGCUCAGUCAGACUCGUUCGCCAGCAUGGAGGCGAGAUUACAGGAAGCUCUCGCCGCAGCAGAGGAAGCCCGUCAGAAACUCAUCAAGGAAGAAACCGAAAGGCGUGUGCUGUUCAACAAGUACCAAGAGCUCAAGGGCAAUAUUCGAGUCAUGUGCAGAGUCCGACCUUCAAUCACUGACGAUGGCUCUGAGGAAGCCGGUAUCUCAUUUCCCGACGAGAAGACUUCGGCAGAAAUUGUCUUGGCCGGGCCGGAGGAGAAGAGCAGCCUUGGUGUUGUAUCAAGAAAAAACUAUCCAUUCGAGUUUGAUAGAGUAUUUGCUCCUGCCGUUCAAAACGACGAAAUUUUUGGGGAAAUAUCCCAGCUUGUGCAAAGCGCUUUGGACGGGUACAACGUUUGCAUCUUCUGUUAUGGUCAGACUGGGUCCGGGAAGACGUACACUAUGUCUUCUGAGGACGGUAUGAUCCCUAGAGCGACGCAUAUGAUUUACGACACCAUGACCAAACUCAGAGAAAAGUCUUGGGAAUACACAAUGGAGGGUUCGUUUGUGGAAGUUUAUAAUGAGGAGCUCAAUGAUCUUCUCACUCCAAACGAUCGCUCCGGAGAAGGCAGGUCAAAGAGGCUAGAGAUCCGCCACGAUGAGUCCCGCAAGCAAACAACCAUUGUCAACUGCAAAACAGUUCAACUCAACUCGGCAUCCAGCGUAGAGAGAAUCCUUGAGGAAGCCCAAAAGAACCGAUCAGUUGCUGCCACGAAGGCAAACGAACGAUCAUCCCGGUCUCACAGCGUCUUUAUCCUAAAACUUGUGGGUGAGAAUAUGGCGACGGGCGAGCGCUGUGAAGGCACCUUGAAUCUCGUGGAUCUGGCUGGAUCUGAGCGACUGAAGCACUCACAGGCGGAGGGCGAUAGGAUGAGGGAGACUCAAAACAUUAACAAAAGUUUGAGUUGUCUUGGUGAUGUGAUUGAGGCCCUCGGCAGGGGAUCUGGUCACAUUCCGUACCGAAACUCCAAACUCACGCAUUUAUUGCAGUACAGUCUAGGUGGUAACAGCAAGACACUAAUGUUUGUAAUGGUAUCUCCUAUGGAGACACAUUUGAAGGAAACCCUGACAAGCUUGCGAUUUGCCACAAAGGUGCAUAAUACCCAUAUCGGCACGGCAAAAGCAACCAAGAAGAUAAGGGGAUCUGAAUAA